AUUCAUGUAAUUAUGCAUUCAUGUUCCCCAGCCUAAAGUCAUAAAAACUUGAGUAUUUAUCUUUAGUGAAUGGUUAUUCAUUCGUAAUUCAAAGUCAGAAACACUGUAAAAAGUCAUCAUGGAUUAUUUCCUGUCAUUGAUGUGAUUUAGAGAUAAAUUUCAAAGGGCAAAACCAACCUGAAUCAUUAGACCUGUUGAUUAAGGAAGAAGUAGAGUACCACAUAUUUUCUUGUAAAAAUGUACUCCCAAGAUACAGGUAGAAAAUUUCUAUAGGUAAUGAAGCAGACUAAUUAGUGACAAAGUAGCGUGAGUCCAUAUCAACUCAGUCUGUUCAAAUUUCUUAACUAUCAAAACCUACAUCGAUCUGUCAACUCAGCCAUUAAAACCAGACUCAUCAUCUGGCACGGAACUUGCAUUAAAUUUCAAAAAAAUUCCCUUUCGCCUCUUUCUUCUGUACUUACAAAGUAAAAACGUAUUUUGCUUGUGUUGUUUCAGUAUUUUCUUACCAUCAUUUUAUUUUUUUUUAUCGGAGAGCGGUCACACGAAUUGGCUUGACAUUUUUAGCGACUUCAAGUAGCUUGUGAGGAAGAAAACCUUUGUACUUGAAAGUACUUAAAAGCACAUCAAGAAAAAUAAGCUCACAGAAAAAAUUCCUUUGUCUGGAAGUGUAGCGAUAGGAAUUCGAUACCUGAUUUGACUGGAGCAGAAAUGGCUGCUGCUCAAGAAUGUGGAAAUCAGUACUCUCUGUCCAAAAAGGAAGAUACUUCUAUGAGAAGAAGUGGAGGUAGAGGAUAUCCAAAACUACGUGGAAGAGGAAAUAUAACUAGAGGUCGCAGUAGAAGUUACAGUCAUCAUGGUCAAGCCUCUUAUUUCUCCCCAAACUCAUCAAGCUUCAGAUUUCAGAACUCAUUUUCCAGUCCAGAUUCUGAUCCAGUAGGCACAGCACGUGAUCGUCUCACUAAUUUUGACCAUUCCGCCAGCAACUCUAACGGUUUCAAAUCACAGAACCUAGUUUUCAGUCCAGAUAUUGAUUCAGUAGGUGCAGCACAUAACCGUCUUACUAAUUCUGACCGUUUCGCCACCAACUCUAAAGGCUUCAAAUCACAGAACCGAUUUUUCAGUCCAGAUUCUGAUGUAGAAGAUACAGCAUAUAGCCGUUUCACUAAUUCUGACCGUUCCUCCACCAACUCACCAAGCUUCAGAUUCCAGAACGGAUGUAAUAAAAAAUUGGAUUCCUCACCGAAAAAGUUUAAGUACUUUCCCGAUCCAUACAAUGCUGGUAGUAAUACAAAUUCUGAUGAAAAACCCAACUUUCCAUUUAAAAAUCAGAAGUUUUUUCCCGAGCCUCGUAAUGUUUGUUGGGGUGGUGAUGCUGAUAGAAACCUCAACAAUAAAAAGCACCGCAACUUUAUUAAGGCCACAGGUGAGAACAGUUCAACUACGACCAAUGCAAACAGAGUUACCAAUUCUAGCCCAACUUCUGAUGAAACUCCAAGCUGUUCCUGUAAUGAUGUUAGCUUGAGUGAUCUGUUAGCUGCUCUGAAUGACAAGUUUUCUGAAGAAAUGAAUAUGAUUGAAAGUCUUGAUUCUGAAGUUACCAACACAUGGUGCUAUAUAAAAGAGAUUGCAGAUGUUGGUAUCGAAGAUAUGGAUCUUUCCGGUUUUCAAAAACAAAGUAAUUUUGCUGAAGAAAAUAACUUUGCUCAACCUUCAGUUUCAAGAGAACGGACAGCUUCUGAUGAAAUUGAGGUAUUGUGGCAAGAAUUUGAAUCUUUAGAAUCCAAACUCUUCCAAAAGAGAAAUGGUGAGAAAAAUAGCAACUUGAAAUCAAAACCAGCAAAAAAUUCACAAGAUGAGCAAGAAAUUUUAAAAUCGAAACCAACAAAAAAUUCACAAGAUGAGCAAGAAAUUGAAGGUCUUAAGACCACCAUUGGAAUUUUAACAACUCAACUUCAAAAAGACAAAAAUAAUUUUAAUACCAAGUUAGAUAAAAUCCAGAAUCAGCUAGAAGGGCGCAUAGAAGCUAUCAACGCCACCCUCAAGAAAGAACGGGAGAUCAAUAAGGAACUACAAGAAAAAAUGAAGAGAGGAUAUGAAGACAUGAUUCAAACUAUCAAGGCUGAAUAUACAACCAAAUUGGAUGCUCACAAGGCUGAAAAAGAAGAAUUAGCGGAGCAGCUAAACCUUCAGCUGAACCUGACUGAGUCCCUAGCGAAAGAGGCUGAAGACCUCAGGACUCAAAUGGAAUCAAACAAGAGGCUUACUCUUCAAACGAUCAAAGAAACCUUAAAAGACAAUUGCGAGUGCUCAAUUUGUCUUGGUAUUUGUACUAAGGCUGUGAUAACAUCUUGUGGUCAUACAUUUUGUAAGAGAUGUUUAGAGGGAUGGCAAGCUUGGCGGAACGAAAACCAGAUGUGUCCCAAUUGUAGGGCAGUUUGCACUUCUAGUAACAUUUAUUUUUUCAAUGAGCUUAUUACUCAACUUCAAUUGAAGUUCCCAAACAUGGACUGGAUUCCUUCCUCAUGAUAUUGUGAUAGUUAUUUUAACUUUUCUGAUUUUUCUAUGUUUUCCUUUAGUAAGUCCUAAAGUAAGUCACUUUGAAGUGAUCAACUCAAUUUUCAAGUUACCUCUUGUUGCAAAUUGUUGUACUUGUUUCUUAAUUGUGGAAUAUUAAUUUUACCAGGAGAGAGGCCGACUAUCUUGACCUCAUCAACGUUUCCUAUCAAUGAUUCGAAUGUUACUCUUGUUGCUGCCUUCUACUCAUUUAAUCACUGAAAAAAGUUAAUCCCUUUAUCCAGGGCGGAGAAACACUAGCUUCAGUGCGUUAACUUUUUCUAUUAACGGUUUAAAUUUAAAUAAGUUGUUUCAUCAGAUUUAAAUUUUAUCAUCUGUAUCAGAUGUACUUUAAAGGACUGUCAAGGCGCUGACAAAAUUGCUGAAGUCAGCUCUUGAGAAAGAAGGAAGCCUUUCAAAAGGUAGCAAUUUUUUUCACCCCCUUUUCAGCGGUAGAAAAGUUUGUCGAAGUUUGGCUCAAAAUUUGUCUUGUGGUGCCAAAUUUUCAAACUAAAAUGUUACAAUGUCGGCCAGUUAAAGUUGGAUUUCCCAUAAAUUUAGGUAGCUUUGACCUCUUGCAUAUCCAAAAUCAUGCCUUCGCAUAGUCUGUGCUCAAUUUAUUUUUAAGUGCUGUGUCCUUAGAAGCUGUGAACCAAUCUAGAAGUCAACGAACAUUUCCAUUGCCAAAAGAGAGAUGCAACCUAGGGAAAUGUUUCAAAAUCUACCAGUUAGCAGUUUUAUGUUGAAUCAUGAUUCUAAUUAACUAUUUACUUGAGCAAAUGACAGACAAUUAAAGUUGUGCUGCUUAAGUAAAUUUCUGUAUCUGAUGUAUUAGUUUUGUUUUAUCAUCCCGAUGGCUAAAGUCGAAUAAUCUGCAUCUCUCAUCGCAACAUUAUGAAUUGCCAUCGGUGU